AAAGGGCCCUAUGUAAUCAGCCCCAUAUCCCCAGAAUUGGGGAAUUGGGGAGAAUCAUUGGGCGGCAGCACAUGCGAGAGUGGAUCACUAUGAUUCCGACGGCCUCCUCGUCGAGUCUCUCGACUUCGGACGCGCUCUCUUCGUCCCACUCGACAUGCACCCACUCUGGCUACCGGCCAAUGUCGCUCUACUCUUCCGGCGCGUCGUGAACGUCGUCUCUUCACUGUCGAUCUCGCAACACUACCUUCUUCCGCGCCUACAGCCUGGGGUGGAUGGCACGAACUCGGCCGAAGACCGACUGAGGCUCUGGGAGGGCUUCAACGCCACACGCUGGCCAUCCUGGGCGACCGCGGAUCGGGGGUUUCCUUCGACCGCACGAUUACAGUUAGACGUAGGUGUUGAGCGAAUGUCAGGACACUCGGAUGCAGCGGAUGUGGACCGCGAGACACCGGACCAUAGCCCACAACGAAAUGCACCACCCAAGGACACGAUCCACCAGCUCAUCCACAGCCCUGUGCUAUAUGACCCUGUCAGGAAGCCUAGAAACCCGAUCGCUCUCUGCCAUGGUCUGUACGGCUUUGACGUGCGAGGGCCUUCGACGUUCCCCAUCCUCCAAAUGCACUAUUGGUCCAACGUAUUGAGCAUUAUAAGGGACAAACUAGGAGCUGAGGUAAUUGUUACUUCUGUGCCAAGUACUGGAUCGGUGGCUUCGCGGGCUCAAAGUUUGGAUCGCUUCUUGCGAGAGAAGGCCCCUGGGAGAGGUAUUAACUUCAUGGCGCACUCUAUGGGCGGACUAGACUGUCGACAUCUCAUUUCCAACAUCCGGCCCACGGAGUACACCCCACUUUCGCUGACGACCAUCGCUACGCCCCAUUGUGGUAGCCCAUUUAUGGACUGGUGCAGGGAGAACAUCGGUAUCGGUCGUCUACGCCAGAAGGAGCAGGCCGAGGAAGCAGGGAGACGUCUGGCAGAGGACGAUGCCGGAAGCCCGUCCAGCCCCACCUCCCACGAUGUCCGUGCAUCCAGCAACCCGCGCUCUCCCAAGUCCGCGCUCUCCCUCGCCUCGCUCCCUUCCUCCUUCACGACGCUCCUCCUCUCCGUGCUCGACUCGCCCGCGUACGCGAACCUCACUUCCACCUACCUGAACACGAUCUUUAACCCCGCGACGCCGGACCACCCAUCCGUCAAGUACUUCAGCGUCGCGGGGCGCAUGGCGAGCACGAACGUCUGGCACCCGCUCUGGCUCCCCAAGAUGGUGCUCGAGGGAUUCGAAGAGAGGGAGCGCGAGCGCCUCCGCGAGGAGGGCAACCCGCUCUGGCGGCGCGACGAGGAGUGGGGCAACGACGGGCUUGUGACCGUGCAGAGUGCGCGGUGGGGCGAGUUCCUUGGCGUGCUGGAGGGCUGCGACCACUGGGACCUGCGCGGAGCGAGGGGGAUUGAGGUUGACUUGCCGUCGCUGACCGUGCCGGGGCUUGGUGGGAGGUCGAGGAACGAUGGUCGCAAGGAGGACGGGGACGGGUGGAGCCUGGCGGACUGGAGCAAGUUUGUGAGGGCGUGGAAGAACGAGGAGCGGGAUGCGGCGAAGAGCGUUGGUGCGGGGAUCAGUGAGCAACAGCAGCGGAGAAGGGCAGAUGGCAAGAGGAGAGCGGAAAGCCUCGGGGACAAGGAACAUGCAGACGAGGUGGUGAAGUCGUCCACGGACAAGUUGUCGGCCGUCUUCGAUUGGCUUGUCGAGCAGGUCCCCUCGCCAAAGACCAUCGCUGCUCUGGCACCAUCAUCGAGGCCCUCACCAAACAAAAGUGCGCCCGCGACGCCCAGCAGCCCAAGUCAGGAGAGGAACAGGAAGCAGGCGGAGCGGAGCGAGUUGGCGACAAAGAUGGACUUGGAGCGAUUCUACAUUGCACUCUGCAGAAAGUUGUACGAUGAAGGCUUGUAAUGAAGGCUUGUAAUUGUACUGUAUACUAUAUCACGGACAGCUGCGUCCAACGCUUAAUGGAGCUUAGAAUACGCGUAUGCAGGUUAUUCAGGCCUUGCAACUCCUCGCUGUCUGCGUUCAUCGCUUCAUCGCACAAUGAACUGAGUUCAUGAGAGAUUAUUCCUACUGUCCUAUC